UCCCUGACGACGUUGAUUCUACCCGCCCAAUUCCAACCUACAGCAUGCGGUGCGCCUGAAUCGCUCAUGUUUUCAAAAUCAUUAGCUUCGGCACGCAUCUGCUUACAAUGCAGGCUGUCUUUAGCACCGGCUAGAGCGCAGCGAUGGACCGCAAGGGGGCGUUGCGCCAGUUUACCGCUACGCAAAUACAGUGAUAAUCGACGCCUUUUAACAAAGGAACAGGCCGAAGCACUUAUUCUAGGCAAACCUGCGACUGAAAAGAGCCAUACGACAAAUUCUGAAGCUACGGCAACCCAAACUCCCGAGACUGUCGACUCAGAGACGGCGAGCCCUACAACCAGCCCGACGGAAGAACAGCAGACUGCUCUGGAUAGCGACGCUUCUACAGAACCUCUUGAGGAUAGCAUCCCAAGCAUAGACGAGCCAUCUAAAUCAUCGACCAGAAAGAGGCGAGAGAAUCCCUUAUUACGUCAUCAGGCGUUAGGCGUGGAUUCCCUCGGACAGCCCGUCGAGGCUCUCGUCAUCAACAAUCCAAAUCAACUCCGGCCGCAACGAAAGUCGACGAGAAUAUCAGAAGACGAAAACAGUACCCCCUUCAUCUCCUCCAAAUGGAGUGACUGGGUCCCGAACCCCAACAUUACACCACAGGAAGAGCUUGAUGAGAUUUGCGCCAACAUUGAGGAACUACGGCCGACACAGUCUACUGUGAUCCCUCAUAAGGAGUUUAUGGAAAUUUCAGAGGCACUGGUCAACGGCUUCUCCAAAGAUCAAAUUACUACCUACGCAGUUCGCAACACAGCAGACAAUGACAACGUCAACGACGAGUCCGUCUUUUCAUGGGUUGCCAGCCAGGCCCCAUGGCGGCCCGAAUCUGAGUUGCUGCCUGCCAAAAUGAAGCCAAAGCAAUACUCUGUGGUGCACAUGAUGCGCUCAGUGUGGAAUCUUGAAAUCGAAGAAGAAGUCUCCGGCUUGGGAACUACAACCUUAUCAGUGCAGCCUCAGUACUUUGCCCUACUUACACGCUAUAAUCCACAAGUGCUGGAGAGUAUCAGAGCAGAGUUGCGCGACGGUAUGAAUAAUGAACAGAUUGCCAUCCACAGCAAAGCAGCACAAAUCAAUAUCCUCUCCAAAAAGUUGACAGCAUCGGUUGUCUUGUCUCGACUGGAUGAGUUUUUCAGCCGUGUACGCAGUAAAAGGAUCUCUGUCAAGAAGAACCCAAAACUUGGUUCCUUGCUCCAAGAGAUUAGCAGGGUCACUAAUACCAUCGUUGAAGGUAUUCCCGGUUCAUCGAAUUACGCAGUCUACUGGGUCGCCGAUAGUCUCUUCCAUACCCCGGAGGAGCUUGCACGAGAGGACAAGGCCGAUGUUGUGUGGCGGCUGCUCUCGACCGAAUCCGCUGAGCCUGAAUACAAGAGCCGUCAAAUCAUCUGGCCAACGUCAGGAGUCCGCUCUGGCUUCCACAUGCCCUAUCACCGAGAUAAGAGAUGCAUGUCAUGGAAGGAUAAAACACAAGCGUGGUCGAGAUUCGUCACGCAGCGCAGCAAGGGAGAUCUGCCCGAGGCGCAAACGCGUAUCAAGAUUCCUACGCUCCCCUCUUCUCCGCAGUCGCAGGCAAACGGUAUCAAAACAACCUUGUCAGCAUCGUUUGGUCAAAUACUGUAUCAAUCAGAUGCCUUGAAGUCGUUUGAUCAGAACGUAAACCGGGUCCUUGCGGCAGCUUCACCACAUCCCGCCGCGCUCUCCAAUGUUGGUCUAGGAGAAGACGAGUCAUCCACGCUGCCAUUAUCAACAGCCAUUGUCCUAAACUUCUCAUGUAACCCAUGUUAUACCGGCCAUCCUGGCAGAAUGCCCGAAAUUCGACUCCGACUUCCUAUUGGCCAAGACACCGACCUAUCGGCCUUUGUCUUCCCACCAACGUCGUCUCUGACGGCAACAUUGGCGCUAUCGGAGCACGAUAUGCUUCUUCCGGGAUCAAGUGUCGAUGUUCGCAUCAACCAGGUAAAGCACCUUGCUCUGGAUGUUAAUCAACCAGCUCUUCAAGAAUUUGUCGCCCAGUCCGCAUUCAAUCUGCUCGAGGGCCGUCUACACACCCCAGCCCGAACAACAUUCGACUUGCCAUAUGCAUGGUUUGGAGACUCCUCCAAGACUGAUGGGUCCGUCGUCCAGCGAGUGCCAUAUGUAUUCAUGGGCCUAGAGAUUGAUCAAUCAGUUCAAGCCCCUUUCGAAGGCCAUACCCUCCGCUACAGCAGCGUAGAAGCCGGACACCACGGUGGCCAGCGUCAACAGCUCACCUUGCUUCUUGGCUCACCCGAUAACAACGUCCUCGUAGAUGAAACGACGAACCAUGCGGACUUUUUGCGCGUAGCUCACAGAGUAGCGGCUGGAAAGUUCUUUUCUUGGGAGACUGGACAUCAGCUUAUGCUGUCAAGACUACAGGAAGAGCUUGUCCUAGACCUGGAAGACGAGGACGACUUUUCAGAGAGAUCCGAUGCUGGCGAACAACUGCCACCCACUGCACAAGAUAACCUGACAGAGACGCAGACAGACGACCAGUUUGCAUCAGAAGCAGCGCAUGAAACUGCCCUUACCACAGACAGUAGCGCUGUUGUCAAUGAUGAAGCAAAAGACAAUCUGGAAGAAAAGGGCAACGACGACAUCGGAGGCACACUGUGAGAUGGCCAUGGAGGUCCUGUGUACUAAUAGUGUAAAACAUAACAGUGUAACCUUAGCAACUCUAAAAACAUAAUCUACAACUAAUCUACACAUAGUCACUGAUACUUGGAACACUUUAGGGAACGAUUUCUUUGGUUUAACAAAUGGAAUUCUU